CCUAUGCUUUUAAUGGCCGACAGCAUUUUUUCCCAUCAUAUUUGCCAUUAUAAUAUCUGUAUAGCAAUUGGUCAAAAUUUUUGUGCCACAAAAAUAUGCCGCAAGUGACCAAUUAGAGACUUAAGUUGAUUUAAAAGAUUAACCUACGCGUGCCUAUCUACAAAUAAAACAGACUUAAAUCAGGGGUGUUGUCCAUCCGGCUUGAUUUGAUGAUCUUGACAACGCUAGCGUAAUGAUUAAACAACGUUAUCCACUUUUCUGACUAAUACUUAAUACGAACAUAGCCGAUAUUUGUUCCAAUUACGAAUUUGAACCCAGUAUGAAAUUAUGAUGAGUAAUUUUGUAUAUUAUUUCGUUGUGUUGCUUUGCUAUAGCAUUACGAAGUCGGAAGCAGAGUACGCUAGAUAUUACUUUGAUUAUGAAUGUAAUGAGCCAUUGCUAGCUAAUGCCAAACUCACCGCCACAUCCAGCUUGAGAGAAAGGGGACCUGACAAUGCUAAAUUAUAUGGCACUAGCGCUUGGACACCAACCGAAAGCUCCUACUACCAACGCUUGACCAUCAACCUGCAAUCAAGGAAGGAAAUUCGAGCCAUCGCCACAAGAGGGCGUUUCGCCACUGAUGAAUAUGUAUCGGAAUAUACGCUUCAGUAUUCUGAUGACGGAGAAGGUUGGAGAACAGUUGCUUCCGCUGAUGCGUUCUCACAGACUUUCGACGGUAACCAUGAUGGUAAUACAGUUAAGAAGAACGAAUUCGAAGUGCCUAUCAUAGCACAGUUUAUUCGAAUCAACCCUAUGCGGUGGAGAGACAAGAUUUCCAUGAGAGUGGAGUUGUACGGAUGCGAUUAUGAGGCAAACACCAUGUCCUUCAACGGCUCAUCGCUCAUCAACAUGGAUCUGCUCCGCGACCCGAUAUCCGCCUCCCGCGAAACCAUCCGUUUUCGGUUUAAAACCAGCACGGCUUCCGGUGCUCUGUUGUAUUCAAGAGGCACCCAGGGAGACUACAUUGCGUUGCAACUGAGAGAUAAUCGACUGGUCUAUAAUAUUGACCUAGGUUCAGGCACAGCGACCUCGCUAUCCGUCGGCAGUUUACUAGACGACAACAUGUGGCACGACGUCCUUAUCUCUCGCACGAGACGUGACGUCAUCUUCUCCGUCGACCGAGUGGUCGUUUCCGGACGAGUCAAGGGCGAGUUCUCGAGGCUCAAUCUUAAUAGACAGCUAUAUAUAGGCGGUGUACCCAACUUCCAAGAAGGCCUAGUAGUAAAUCAGAAUUUCACCGGUUGCAUAGAGAACCUAUACUUGAACGCCACUAACGUCAUCUACGAGCUGAAGCAAGGAUACGAGACUGGAGAAUCUUUUAAGUACCAGAAAGUGAACACGCUCUAUGAUUGUCCAGAACCGGAAAUAGUCCCCAUAACGUUCCUAAAGGAAGGCUCGUACGCGAAACUGCGCGGCUACUCCGGGGGCAACCAACUUAAUAUAUCUCUGGAUUUCCGAACUUAUGAGAAUCACGGAUUGCUUAUAUACCACAAGUUCAAGUCGGAGGGCCAUGUCAAGGUAUACCUUGACGAAGGCAAAGUGAAAGUGGAACUCUUCACCGAAGGCUCUCCCAAAGUGAAACUGGACAACUACCCCGAUGAGAUGUUCAACGAUGGCCGCUGGCAUGCCCUCAUGCUGACCAUGGCCACGGAUAGUUUGACACUAGCCGUGGACCACAGGCCGGUGAAGACUACUAAGAAAUUGAGGUUUAUUACUGGGAGCUCAUACUAUAUUGCUGGUGGUAAAGGUCCUCCGCGGGGCUUCGUAGGCUGCAUGCGCCGCAUCGCAGUAGAUGGCAACUACCGGCGACCCACGGACUGGAAGAAAGAAGACUAUUGCUGCCCUAACGACGUAGUGUUUGACGCCUGUCAGAUGAUUGACAGAUGCAACCCGAACCCCUGCGAGCACGGCGGCGAGUGCACGCAGACCGCCGACGAGUUUAACUGCAACUGCCAAGGAACUGGCUACGCUGGUGCCGUCUGCCAUUCGUCGGUGCACCCGCUGUCCUGCCGCGCGUACAAGAACGUGCAGGCCGUAGCGCGCUCCGCCGACAUCAGCAUCGACGUGGACGGCUCCGGCCCGCUGCCCGCCUUCCCCGUCACCUGCCAGUUCUACAGUGACGGGCGCGUGCUGACGACCGUGCAGCACUCGGCGUCCGCCGCGCAGAGCACCGUCGUGGACGGCUACCAGGAGCCCGGCAGCUUCAAACAGGACAUAACGUACGACGCGUCGCGCGCGCAGCUGGAGGCGCUGCUGAACCGCUCCAGCUCCUGCUCGCAGCGGCUCGAGUACAUGUGCCGCCACUCUCGUCUCCUCAACUCGCCAAGCGAGGAGUCGAACUUCCACCCGUUCGCGUGGUGGGUGUCCCGCUCCGGGCAGCGCAUGGACUACUGGGCCGGCGCGCAGCCCGGCUCGCGCAUGUGCGGCUGCGGCGUGCUGGGCGCCUGCGUCGACCCCACCAAGUGGUGCAACUGCGAUGCCGAUAGUGGUGAAUUCCAAACUGACGGCGGAGACAUCACGGAAAAGGAGUAUUUACCUGUAAAAGCCCUACAUUUUGGAGACACGGGCAGCCAUCUUGAUGAAAAAGAGGGCCGAUACACGCUUGGCCCGCUGCUGUGCGAGGGAGAUGACCUAUUCGGCAACGCAGUAACGUUCCGCAUUGCGGACGCUUACAUCGCUCUGCCGACCUUCGAUCUCGGCCACAGUGGCGACAUCUACUUCGAGUUCAGGACGACUAAGGAGAACGCUGUUCUGUUACACUCUAAGGGCCCUCAAGAUUACAUCAAGCUGUCAAUCAUAGGCGGAGACCAGCUACAGUUCCAGUUCCAAGUUGGAGACACACCACUCGGAGUGAUGGUGGAGACUAGCAAUAGACUUGCUGAUAAUAAGUGGCAUUCUGUGGCCAUCGAGAGGAACAGGAAAGAAGCCCGAGUGGUAGUGGACGGCGCGCUGAAGAACGAAAUUCGUACGGCCAAGGAGCCUGUGCGUGCGCUGCAACUGUCGUCUCCUCUUAUACUUGGAGCCGCUAUAGACCGCAAGGAUGGAUUUGUUGGAUGUAUCAGGGCACUGCUUCUAAACGGAAGGACGGUUGACUUAUUGUCAUACGCAAGAAGAGGUCUCUACGGCGUGGCAGCGGGCUGCGUGGGCAAGUGCGAGUCGUCGCCCUGCCUCAACAACGGCACCUGCCUCGAGGGCUACGACUCCUACUCCUGCGACUGCCGCUGGACCGCCUUUAAGGGACCGAUAUGUGCUGACGAAAUCGGAGUAAACCUCCGCGCCAAUUCCAUGGUGAAGUACGACUUCUUCGGCUCCUGGCGCUCCACCAUCGCCGAGAGCAUCCGCGUCGGCUUCACCACCACCAACCCCAAAGGAUUCCUGCUCGGGUUUAACUCCAACAUCUCUUCAGAGUAUCUCACGAUAAUGCUUACAAAUUCUGGUCAUUUACGAGUGGUAUUCGACUUCGGGUUCGAACGGCAAGAAAUCAUAUUCCAAGGCAAGCAUUUCGCUUUAGGCCAGUACCACGACGUACGGUUAUCUAAAAAUAGCGGUGCCACUAUGGUCCUACAGGUGGACAAUUACGAAGUACAAGAAUACAACUUCAACAUAAAAGCCUCCGCAGACGCUCAGUUCAACAACAUCCAGUACAUGUACAUAGGCCGGAACGAGUCCAUGCACGAAGGCUUCGUAGGCUGCGUUAGCCGCGUAGAAUUUGACGAUAUAUAUCCGCUGAAACUAAUGUUCCAGCAGGAUCCUCCGCCUAAUGUGAGGAGUCUAGGUGGAGUCCUAAACGAAGAUUUCUGCGGCGUAGAACCUGUCACCCACCCACCAGAGCCCAUCGAAACUCGACCACCUCCGCCCAGAGACCCGGCUGAUACAGACAUGCAUACCACCGACGAAGCUAUUCUAGGCACGAUGUUAGCUCUCAUUUUCCUGCUGCUUAUCAUCGUGGCAAUCUUGCUGGUGCGAGCUCUGUCGCGGCAUAAGGGAGAAUAUCUCACGCAGGAGGAGCGCGGCGCGGACGGCGCGGCCGACCAGGACCAGGCCGCGCUGCACGCCGCCACCGGCCCGCGCGUCACCAAGCGCCGCGAGUUCUUCAUAUAGACAUCGCGCGUCCUGCUGCCGGAGGGGUACUCGCUUCCUCCCUUACCGCGUCUAGCUACUGCUACACCAUGCCGCCUCACCAAGCUGCAGUUCUUCAUACAUACAUCCAGCCGACACGCGACCUGCUGCCAGAGUACUGUCUUCAAUCCUUACCCUAAUGUCUAGCAACUGCUACACCAUGCCGCGUCACCAAGCGACAGUUCUUCAUCUAGACACCCACCCGACACGCGAGCUGCUGCCAGAGGAGUACAUGACUUCAAUCCUUACCCGAAUGUCUAGCAACUGCUACAGGAUGCCGCGUCACCAAGCGACAGUUCUUCAUAUAGACACCCACCCGACACGCGACCUGCUGCCGGAGUACUCUCCUCACUUCCCUACUUACUACGUCUAGCAACUGCUACAGGAUGCCGCGUCACCAGGCUACAGUUCUUCAUAUAGACAUCGCGCGUACAACACGCCACCUGCUGCCGGAGGGGUACUCGCUUCCUUCCUUACUACGUCUAGCUACUGCUACACCAUGCCGCAUCACCAAGCUGCAGUUCUUCAUA